CUCAUACAGGCUGCGAUAUUAUUUAUGGACGUUGAUUUCCGGUAUUUAGCGUCUGGAUUUUCAGGUUCUACAGAGUGUGUGUAUGUUUGCGUGUGUGUUGUGUGUGUGUGUGUUGUGUGUGUGUGUGUGUGUGUGUGAGUGAGUGAGUAUGUGAGAGAGUUUGUAGUGUGGUUGUAACCGUUCCCAGCUCGGAUACUGUCACAGCCUUGCACCGCAGGCAGGCUCCGUGUUCCUACAUGCAAGUUACCGUUGCGGCUUCACAAUCGUUGGCCAGCAAUGACCGAAAACCCCGCGACCAAGCCAGCCAACGGGGACGUGUGUCAGCGGGUGAAGAACGGACUGAAACCGGAGAGAAACGGCUUGGUGAGGAGCCUCCACCGCUGCCAUGAGCGGCAGCCCAAGCAACACUGCCACCCCGAGGAGGAGGAGGAGGAAGAGGAGGAGGAGGUCCAUGCAGCAACACAUCAUGGCAGCCUGUACAGCCGGCCCUUCAUUGAGUCUUUCGAGGAGACGCCCAUGCUGGUGGCAGUGCUCACGUACAUGGGCUAUGGCGUCCUGACCAUCUUCGGCUACCUCCGCGACUUUCUCCGUCACUGGAAGAUCGAGAGGUGCCACAUCGCCAGGGAGAGGGAGGAACAAAAGGACUUUGUGCCCCUCUACCAGGAUUUUGAGAACUUUUACACCAGAAACCUCUACAUGCGUAUAAGAGACAACUGGAACAGGCCCAUAUGCAGUGUCCCAGGGGCCAAAUUGGACCUGAUGGAACGAGCCUCCCCUGACUACAACUGGACUUUUGAGUACACAGGUCGGGUAGUGCAGGAUGUGAUUAACUUGGGCUCCUAUAAUUACCUCGGAUUCGCUGAGAACACAGGUCCAUGUGCUGACUCUGCAGCCGAGGUCACCAUGAAGUACGGUGUCGGCGUUGCAAGCACCAGACAGGAGAUGGGUAACCUGGACAGACAUGAGGAGAUGGAGAAACUGGUGGCUAAGUUCCUGGGCGUGGAGUCAGCCAUGGCAUUUGGGAUGGGGUUUGCAACCAACUCCAUGAACAUUCCAGCACUGGCUGGCAAGGGCUGUCUGAUUCUGAGUGAUGAACUGAACCAUGCCUCUUUGGUGCUGGGAGCCAGACUCUCCGGGUCCACCAUCAGAGUCUUCAAACACAACAACAUGCAGAGCCUUGAGAAACUGCUGAGAGAAGCCAUAGUUCACGGGCAGCCCAGGACUCACAGACCAUGGAAGAAGAUCCUCAUAGUGGUAGAGGGCAUUUACAGCAUGGAGGGCAGUACGGUGCGCCUGCCAGAAGUGAUUGCCCUGAAGAAGCGCUACCGGGCCUACCUUUACCUAGACGAGGCCCACAGCAUAGGGGCCCUGGGGCCGAGAGGAAGAGGUGUGGUCGAUUACUUUGGCCUAGACCCCUGUGAUGUGGAUGUCAUGAUGGGCACAUUUACCAAGAGCUUCGGCGCUGCAGGGGGAUACAUCGCAGGGAAAAGGGAGCUUAUUGAGUACCUGCGCUCCCAUUCUCACAGUGCGGUCUACGCCACCUCCAUGUCUCCUCCUGUGGUGGAGCAAAUCAUCACUUCUAUGAAGUGCAUUAUGGGAGAGGAUGGCACAACAAUCGGGCGUGAGCGUGUGCGACAGCUGGCAGAGAACACAGUCUAUUUCCGCAAGAGGCUUCGAGAAAUGGGCUUCAUCAUCUACGGCAACGAAGACUCACCUGUCGUACCCAUGAUGCUCUACAUGCCCGCCAAGAUAGGAGCGUUUGGCAGGGAGAUGCUGAGGAGGAACAUCGGGGUGGUGGUCGUGGGCUUCCCCGCCACGCCCAUCAUCGAGUCCCGAGCACGCUUCUGCAUCUCAGCCGCCCACACAAAAGACAUGCUCGACAGGGCGCUGAGUGUCAUCAGUGAGGUAGGAGACCUUCUUCAGCUCAAGUAUUCCCGACACAGAAUACAGCCGUCUUUGGCGCGGCCCUUUGACGAUAAUGUGUAUGAGGACAUUGACGACUGAUGAACCACUCCUCUCCUGAAGUGGCGUGAACCUGAACAACCCCAGAAAAUACAGAACGGGUCAAGACGGAUCACAAGUCUUCCACAACCCCCAACAAAAGGAAAACACUUAAAGUGAUCAUCUAAUUAUUUUUUGCCUUACCUAAACAUGCAGAACUUGUGAACACACUGAAAAACAGCACCUCUGCUUUUUCCUGUGUACUUUUAUUACUUUUUGUUUAUCAUUUUGCGUCUAAGAAUUGUUUUGUUUAGUUGUAUGUGUGUAUGUCUGUGCUUGUAGCAUUCGUCCUUGUGGUUGUGUAUGUGAAGUGGACAAAUGUCAACUUUGCAAAUGUCUCUGGAAUUGUGAGCUGCAGGGAUUUUUUUUCAUAAUAUGGAUCCAAAGUGAACUUUAACGGGAUAAACUUAGAUUACUUUUAAAAAUCAAUCAAAAGAACAAGACUUGUUCUUUCAUCCAGCACCAUUCAGAUCAAUGAUUAUUGCCGAAAGCAAAAAGCACAGGACCAUGUGAGUGACCAGAUUUCAUUUGCAUCAGUCUGUUUGUUAGAAAGAUCGCACAAAGUGAAAUGGAUUUUAAGGAUUAUGUAAUUAAUUAUCCAAAUCUGGACUUUCUGCCAUUAGACGUUUUGUUUCUUUAUUCCUAAACAUCAGAAAACAGCAACAUUAAAACCCCAAAAUCUACCUGGCAUUCUUUUGAGACUUGCUUUUGGUGGCAGUGUGCACUCUACUAGGAGGCUUCUAGUUUUGUCGAAGGUGGUUUUGUAUGUUUAAACAGGUAGAACAUUUUUAGGAAAUAAGACUAGUGUAAAAAGCCCCGUUAAUGACACCUAGAGGCCGUACUGCUGCUACUUGACCACACGUUUUUGAACCAACAGACUUUUUGAUCACAUUACAUUGUUGUCAUUGUUUUAGACAGGCUAAAAAAUAUAGAACCUCAGAGUUAAGCAUGCCACUUGCAUCAACAGUAGUGUUGAUGUAGCACUACAAAAAAAAGUUGCCAAAUAUCAGAUGAUGUUGAGCAGCAGAUAAUUACCCUGAUCAAUGCAAUGCCUUGUAAAGAAACAGUUUGACAUUUUGGGAAAUAUGUUUGUUCGUUUUCUUUCUCCCUAGAGUCAGAUGAGUCUCUCUCUUGAGUCUCUGGUAAAUAUGAAGCAUGUGCUUAGCUUAGCCUAGCCCAAAGAGAAGUAGUUCCAGUCCGUAACUCCCCAUAAAACCACAAAUUCAUUUUACUUUUUCGUGUUUGUGCCGAUUAAACAAACACCUCCCCCUGUUUCCAGUUUUUAUGCUAAGCUAAGCUAAAAACCUGCUGGCUCAAGCUUCAUAUUUAUUGUACAGACACGAGAGUGGUAUCGUUCAAAAGUCCAAAAUGUUAAGCUAUUCCUUUAAAUUCGGGUCAGUGGGGUAUCGGGUUAAAUGUCUAAUGCUUGCUAUAGUAAGCUAAUUUACUUAGCAUAAUUAGCAUUCAAAAAAAGCCAUGAAAAACUCAUGUCAACAAGAAAUCAUGAACUACAGCUUGAGAACUUUAUUUGCUUCAACUAACACCAGUGCAACGGUGCCAAAAUUGAAAUGGAUCGGACGUACUAGUGAGCAUGUCAUUAGCCAUGGUAUCGUAGUGUAAGAGAGUAAAUUGCCCACACACACAGGAAAACCCCUACGCUGCGUAGCUCCAACAAUCAGAGGUUGAUAUCUUUGUAAAAAUAUGCUGUACAUGGCAUGAGCAAAAUCAUCAGAAAAACACUGUUAUUAGUGUAACACUCACAAAUCAACAGCUUAUCAUUCAUUCUUCCAAACAUUUAAUUGCAUCUUUUGAUCAGAAAUGUAAUUAUAAAUUUGUUGAAAUAAUAAUCAACUGAAUUAUAUCUUAAUUAAAUCCCACUACUCAAAACAUAUGGAAUAUAAUUUUAAAAGUGCACAAAUCUCUUUAAAGGGACACAGUAGAGUGCAUCCAGCUGCAGUCAAUGGAUAAACUAAAAAGCAGUAUUUUACUGACUAAUAAAAAGACUAGUUUUCAUAAAUGAUAACUUAAGCAAGCAACGUUGUAAUUCAGACUGAUUAUCGUAUCUCACUACUAUUGGAAAGAAAUGUCUAUUAAAGCUUGAAUGAGGAAUUUAAUCCCUAAUCAUCUGUUACACUUGGAUUUGUCUGGCCUCUUGUUCCCACAGCUAUGUUACACGUCAUCAUCACUGGCAUCCUUCAGUGUGACUGUAUGGUUUUUACUUGACCAACUUAGUGUGUAUUGAACAGUUUAAAUGUAUUACAGAGGACCUCAGAGAUCAAGUUUAGCAUGACUCACAGACCAUAAGGCCAGAGUUGUAACUGUCAAAUUAGUCUUACUUUUUUAUUCAGAGGCCAGUAUCUGCCCAACAUAAAGCCCAGUUUAUUGGUAUCAGAGCUCUAGUUAAAAGCUAAAGUCGAGAGGGUCUGUUCAGGAAGUGUAAAAAAUUGAAAUAAUAUUUAGAUACGUAUAUCUCCAGGCCAGACAGGAGAACAUCCAAACUGGAUGUGCUUCAGCACUGGUUGUAAUAUCCUUCAUUUCCACCCUAUCUCUUGGGUGCUUAUUAGUAAUAACCUCAUUGCUUUAUGUCUGAUAACGUUUUAAUGCCUUGUAAAACAAAGUGCUAUCUUUGUGCUGUGACUCAAAAAUCAUUAAUAACUUUAAUCAUAAUGUGAGUAGGGAUGGGUGUGUGUGUGUGUGUGUGUGCAUGCAUGGUUUUGGGUAUUAAUGUGUGUGUUACUGCACUUUUACCUUGCUUUUCUUCCACGUACGCGCCUGUCUGUUGAAGUCUCGGUUUAUCUUUACAUUGUGCUACUGAGCUUUUGGGACAACAACCCUCCUGAAUGAAGACAGCUGUAAAAUGCAAAACAAAAAUCCUACAUGCACACAUUCACUCUUGCAUGUAUGCACACUGGCAAGUAUUGUGUAACCACUCGUUCCUCAUGCUAAUGCAUGUACAGUAAGAAUUAGUCAUUGAAGCUGCUCUGCACCACAGCCAGUGGUGCUCAAUGAUAUACACUGUUCUGCUUAUUGUGACUAUUUUGAAUGUUGUCAUAAAAAUCAACUUCAUUCCAGAGAAAGUUAACAUAUCUGUCUGGGCUCUAGGGAGGUUCUUUUUUUCUUCUUCUUCCGUAUUAUAUGUUACUGUAAAUGGGAGAUGUUUGUGUUAUUUAGUUUCCUUACAGUAGAAAAUGUAUCAAAACCUGAAUCUUGAUUGUCAGUUAGCUAAAAGCCAAGAAUUACAAUAUCACUCAUGUAAAUACAGAAUGUCUUUUUAUGUUAAGUUUGCACACAGGAAAGUCAUCAAAUGAUACUAAAAGCAGGCAUUUGGAACAUAUAUAAUAUUAAUAUCGAAAUAUAAUUAUGUGAAACCCAAGACCUUAUGGCCUGAUGUCUUAAUGAUGCUAUUCUUAAUAUAAAUUAUAUAUCUACAGUACCUUCAGAAUUACCGGCACUUGAUGAACAAUAACCAGAUGUACUACAGUAUGUCUCCCUUAACGAUCUCAACCAUUAAACAUCUUUGGUCUUGAAAAAAAAAAUGCACAAAAUUAGAAAAACCUUCAUGCCUUUUUUUAAGGUCUAUGAGCUUUGUUGGUGUAACAUGGAAGAUGGUCCCAAUAUUUUGUACAACGUUUAUAUUGUUUAAUUGAAAAGUUGCUAUUCACAAUAUUUUUUUUACUAUACAGUAACCUGGGAACGAUGGUUAUCGCUAUUACUGGCAGCUUUUGUUGAAAGCGCUCGACUGUGCCAAUAAUAGAGGCAAUCAUUUCAAUGGUUGAGUGCACGUUACCACACAUCAGAGGUAAUUAUUUUCUGAUAUAGUGCCUUUGAAGCAAAUGAUUUUCUAAGAUUUCUGAUUAUGGUAAGUGUCAUAACUUGGAUUGUUCAUUUUUACAGUCUUAUUUGACUUCUUUUACUACUUUGUCUUCAGCAAUACUUAUAAUUAGCACUGGAUGUGUUCUCUGUGUUGACUAAUUGCCAUGCAUUUGAUCAUAGAAAAUGCACUAUUUGCAACAUAUCUGCAAAUAAUUAAUAUGUGUCACCCAUGUCAGUGGUAUCAGUAGAUCAUUAAAACAAGAAAAAAAACAAA